CCGGUUUAUUUGUAACUUCUGAAUCGCCGCCCGCCCAAAGUGUGCUUUGCGCAUUUUAAAUUGCGGAAUUUGUAACGACUUGCCAAAUCGCGACAACCAACGGUCGGUUCAUCAUGUUUACGAGAUUCGACGCGAACAAAUCUACCAAAGGGGCCUCGAAGCUGAGGCGCGACCUAAUCAACUCGGAGAUCGCCAAUCUGCGCGAUCUGCUGCCGCUGCCGCAGUCCACUCGGCAACGGCUAUCGCAGCUUCAGCUGAUGGCCCUGGUGUGUGUUUACGUGCGCAAAGCCAACUACUUUCAGCAAGUGUUCAAACGUAGCAUCGACAUAGGCCUACACUCGGCACCGACACCAAAUAUAGGAUUUUCAAAGGCCCUGUCCGGGUUCCUCAUGAUGCUGACGCAGAACGGGAAGCUGCUGUACAUUUCGGAUAAUGCCGCCGAGUAUCUCGGCCACUCGAUGGAAGAUCUGCUCAUACAUGGCGAUUCCGUGUAUGACAUUAUCGACAAGCAGGAUCACGGUGCCAUCCAGAGCGAGCUGAGUCGGGGCGUCUCGCAGCACCCGGCCGGCUCCGGUGGCUCGCUCGCGCACCACCACCAUCAUCACCAUCAUCACCAUCAGCAGCAGCAGCAGCACCAUCAUCAGGCGCUGCACAACCAGCACCACCAAGCCCAGCACCACCAGCAUCACCAUCACCACCAUCAUCUGCAUCAUCACGGAGGCUCCCUGUCACCGUCGGGCUCGAGUGCCGGCUCGUCGGCCGGUGGUCCUUCGGCGGGUUCGUCGCUUCUCGAUGGCGAGCAGCGAAUCUUUCUCUGCCGGAUGAACGUCAGCCGGAACGCCCGGCGACAGAUGCGGUUCGGCGAUCAGAAGGUGGUACUGGUGCAGGGUCACUAUCUGUCCUAUCUGCCGCUGUGCAGCCGCAACGAGCCGGUCUUCAUCGCGACGUGCACCCCGAUCGCGAUGCCGGAAACGCGGGAAUGCGUCGUGCAGGGUGCGACCAACGUCUUCACCACGAUCCACUCGAUGGACAUGAAGGUGGUGCACAUCGACAAAAAUGGCGAAUUUCAUCUCGGUUACAGUCGGAGCGAGCUGCAGGGCGUCUCCUGGUACCAGCUGCUGCACUGGGAGUCGACCCGGGAGGCCCAGAGCAAGCACAGACUGAUUACACAAUCGGAACAGGACCGCUCCUGCAUUCUGCUCGUGCGAAUGCAACGGCGCCAAAACGACUUCCUGUGGGUGCACGUGGUGCUGCAGGUACGCGACGGCCAAGACUCGAACCAGCAAUCGGUGAUCGUGUGCACUAAUCAGGUGUUGAGUGACCGCGAGGCGUCCGUGAUGCUCUCCAACUCGUGGCUCUACCACUACUACACGGUGCAGUCAAAGAUGCAGUUCGGGAUUCCGUUCGAGGGUGCCACGCGGAUCCCGCCGAGCGGUUCGUACGCGUACGGGGCCCUCACGAACCACAGCAACCACUCGCCGGGCGGUGCCGGGGGUUCCGGAGGCUCCGUGGGGCAAACUGGGGCUGGGUCCUCCUCCGGUGGCGUCAUAACGGCCGCGACCGCUGCUUCCGGGCUCGGGACACACUCGGGCUACUCGGCACAGCAUCACCUCACUGGCUACGGGUUCCAUGCGUCACCGUCCGGGCAGCAUCACAACGGUGGCCCCGUCACCCCAAUGCUGCACGGCCAUCCGCACCUGCAGCACCAGGCCGCAGUAACGGCAUCCUCGGGCGAGGAGUACGGCGCGACGAGCCGACCGUACGGUUUCCGGCUCGAAUCCGGCACCCAACCCGUGGACUACAGCGGAGGCCAGCCGACACCACCGACAUCGGCACCACCACCCGGGAUGGGUAACCCCGUGGCCAUCCCGAUCCCGGUCGUGCAGGUGACACCCCACAUCCGGUGCCACAAUGGCGGUGGUUCCGCCAGCACGAGCGACCGACACAACGGGACUCCGCCGACGAAGAAGCGGAACGUCAACCGACUGGAACCGCUCCACAUCCCGGACAGUGGGCCACCGGAGUCUCCGGAGACUUCCGGUGCGAUCGGGGACUACCAUCCACACGCCGGGGCCGGACCGGAAAACGGUGGGCCGCCGCCACCGGGCGAUCUGCACGGACUGGGCAACGGUCUCGGUGGGGCGAUCGACGCCGGUGGUGGCGGUGGUGGGCUGCAGGCGAUGCUCGUUGGACCCACGAUCCCGAGCAGUCGCACCACGCUCACCAGCCGGUUGCACUCGAAAUCCGCCAUCCUUCCGCCGACGGUGAGCGGGUUGGGCGGAGAGCCGACCGAUUUCAUGGAGCAGUGGAACCCGAGCCCACCCUGGUCGGACACUACGGCGCAGAAGGUCCCGGACAUAACGCACCAGGAGCUAUCGCCGUACAUGACGACGACGCCACCGACACCGACGAGCGCCCCGCACCAACUCCUCGGCGGAGGCUUCCCGACGGCCACCACGUUCUCCUUCGACUGGAUGCCGGAACAGUUCGUUCCGAUCGUGACCGACUGUGCGGUCGGUGCGUCGAUCGCGCACCACCACCACCACCACCAUCCGGGCACCAGUCUGCCCGUCACCCAAACGAUAGCCAGCGGGCUGACGUGCAUCGUCUCACAAGGAGCCGGAAGCAGCAGCGUAACUAGUACCGGGUCCAUGGCACACCACGGUCCGAUCGGUUCCUGUGUGCUACCGGCCCCGUGUCUCACCCAGGACGGUCUACCCAUUCCCGGUAUGGCGCCCCUCCCGAUGCCCGUUCCUCUUCCAAUACCGCCACCGCCGUGGCCAUCGGACCAUCGGUUGUUGACGCUAGAUGGACAUCCGCCGCUACCACCGCCACCACCGCAGACACCGGGUGGCGAGCACGGAGUGGAACGGAAACAGUCCCUCGACGAAGCGGCCACGCGUCACCAGGAGCACUAG